UUAUUGGUGCCACUCCGUUCGGCCAUAAAUUCGACUUUGACUAAAUUUUCUUGACUAUCUGUCACGACCACCAAGCUCGGGUGUAUCACCUCGCGUUCAUACUGUGCUUCGCUGCGGACUGUUCUGCUAUUUCAUUGCUUUAAGAUUCCCCAGUAAUUUCUGCAUACCCUCGGCAUCACGAAUCGUUUUCCUCCAUUAUUUACCCCUGCGAAAGCCACAGUCAGCUUUCCUCCACGCCACCAAAUCGAACCGUCAGCCCUCCACGUGAAUAUAAUGAACAGCAUCAAGUUCUCGCCUUAUUUCUUCAUGAAUCCUGUUGGCCAACCGAACCCCUCCUUCGCGUCUUCGGCCCCAGUAAAAUACGUGUCUCGGUCGCGGGGACGAUGCUGUGACAUAUCGAUGAACUCGACACACAAGCAGUCCAUCCAGUCGCGCGAGCAUUACUUUCAUGCAUUCCCCAACUAUUCUUGGAUGUUUCGCCCUCGCCCUCACGUUUCCAACUUCAACCCGGAUGCACCUAUAGAAUGUCGUAAGGCCGCACCUCUUACACCCGUGCCUCCUCGUGUCAGCGCCAAAGUGCCGUCCGAUGAGAAAUACGCUGCUGCUGCGAAGUUGGUAUCGUCUCAAGACUUAUCACACAAACCUUGGAAAAACAUUGCCAUCACCGAAUAUGAUGAUGCAGAGUUCGAGGAACUGCAAGCGCGGUUGGCAUCAGAGGUCGAGGACAACAACCUGGUGUAUACCUGGCCACCCGACUUGGCGGCCUACCGAAGAGAGGCCGAAGAGAGGGGCUCGGGUAAGAGAGUAGAAUAUGCUGAAGGGAACGGUGUCCCGGCGGCCUUCUAUGGCGCUUCGCCGACAAGCACAGCAGGCAGUUCCCCGAUGAUCCUGACGCCGACACUCCGAGACUACGAUGCCCAGAUUCUCCACGAGGUGCUUCCAGAGCCUGAGGCCGCUCUUGAGAAGGUAGUGGGGCUUAAAAGGUUGAGACGCAAGGCACCACCUCCACUCCGUCUCAAUGGCAAGAAGACAUCACAGCAUGUCAUCAACGAGAUUGGAUGCACGCUGCUGAUCGGCGACGCUGAGUGCACUGCACGGGAGAUACGCAGGCUAAGUCCGCUGACAGCGGCAAUGAACAUUACUAGCAAGUUGUCCGCGGGGGUCUUUCGUCGCUUAUAACGGAUAUAACUGUCAUAAUACAUACUCAUACCUCAUCUGGUGAACUAUUCUGAUCACCUUAUUAUUUUCGCCUACCACUGUAGCAUUACCCGAGUUGGAGGCUUCCUGUAUCUGUCUUCCAUGUUCUGUAGCGAUAUCAUUUUUAUUCUUCUUUUACCACUGAGUCCAUCGGAGUCGUUAUCGAAAUUACAACGGAAGGGAUAAAAUUGCGACUGCAAUACUAAUUCUUGGAUUUGUUAG